CCCUAUACGGGCGAUGGUCGAUCGCAGCUGCUUUCCCUUUUCGCCGCGGCCUCCUCCGCCGUAACCUUUUGGCAAUUGAGUGCCGAUCGAGCGGUGGAGAUGUCCUCGCUGUCUCCACUGCCCAUGACUCUCGAGUAGGGGUUUCGUCUCGGCCGCCCAUGUAUGGGCGAUGGUUGAUCGCCGCCUCCCGAUCUUGGUAUCUACUCCGACGCUUCCUCUCUCGCUUGACUUUGCGACUUCUCAGUACCGAUCGGGAGACGGAGAUGCCUCUGUUGUAUGCGACUGGGUUCCACUACGCAGCAGAUGAGCGAUCGAUUCAUCCUAUUAAUUCUUUGUCGAGGGACGGGCGCAAGGCCGGUUCGAUGAUUGCUACAGCAAAUGAACUACAAGGUAAUAAUGUGACAUUAACUAAAUCGUUCUUCCUCUUCUAUACUCGUUGCGUUCCAUCAGCCCAUUCUGCCGCUGUUAUUUCGUUUUCGUCAUCCCAUUUCGUUAUGGUUAGCAUCUAAGUCCAUCUUGGCAAAGCGGAAUAGCCUCAAGAGGCAGUGUCUUGCUUUGAAUGCUAAUGGACUGACAUCAACCUUCUUCUUUUCGGUUCUGCACUCGACUCUGAUCGCGAUGCAGAUCAGUAAAGAUGAUACAUCAACUCUUUUCAGUACUAGCAUUCUCUCAGUUUCUUCAUUAGAAUGCUAACGUCUUAGCAACGAAGAGACAUCACCAUCAAGAAGAGGCUUAAGUUCAUCUCAAGAAUAUGUCUCGUACGAGAGAUCGGGCGUGGGUAUCAGUUAAAAUUAGGAUUCCCCUUCCCGGUUGGAUGGUAAAAGUGGAUCCCAUUUUUUGAACCACAGUUCGGUGCCGCUUGGCUAACCGAGUGGGUCAUUGGAACUGCUUCCCUGGAAGGAAAUUGUUUUGUCGAGUGUGUACUUGGAGAUUGAAGGUUGUGGAGAUUCGUUCAUGCCCAUUGAAUGGGCCACGUGUCUACAACGCGUUCAGCAUCAUGCGCAUGAUGAUGUUGACGCGUGAGAUGCACCCACUUUCGCCAAAUGCGGACAAUGUUCCCUGGCUCGACCAAGACAAGCGCAACCGCGCCGAUCCGGGUUCGAUGUCGUGGCAGGCCAAUGUAGGCGACCCAAGUUUUGAGACUUGUCGUCACGCCAAAGUGAAAUCGUUCGGGGCAACCACAAUAACAAAUAACAAAUCUGCGUAAGCGUACGGUACCAAUCAAUUGAUUGCGGAGGAUAUUCCAAAUUUGGACAAUUAUUUUUUAUUUAAUUUGGUGAUGACGUAACAAUGGAGCUAUAAUGAACGACUUUAGGGGUCGAUUGAUCGGGGAAAAUAUACUUAAUUUGGACAGUUUAUUUUGAUUUGAUUUGGAAAAGACGUGACAACUGAACUAUAAUGAAUGAGUGAAUUCAUUUUUUUAUUAUUUGCAGUUGUUACGUCUACCUAUUUGCAGUUCUUUAUGAAUCCGAUGAUAUCCGAGUCCACGUCUCAAGAAAAAAAGAGUUCCUGUCGAAAGCAAAACCAAACAAAGUGUUCACACAAUAACACACGUAUAUUUAUAUUUUGGUAAUAAUAGUAUAAGUUGUCUUGUGAGCGAAGGAAGGGAGUUGACGGGGAUGCGGAUGCGUGUUCACACCGGCAACCAUCCGGUGGUUCCCACUUGGCGUGACCGACUCUUCCUCUCCUCUCCGUAUGUGGUAAGGGGAGGACGAGCGAGGCGACAAAUGAAGCGAAGCGAUGAUGUUCUUCACACACGGCAAAACGAGGCGGACACGCGCGCCCAAUCAUCCCCACAAGGAAAAGGAUGGGCGGGAAAAGUAAUGGUGCGACGCGGUUUCCCUGAACCGGGCCCCUCCGAAUCCCAAAUGCCCCCACCAUACGACCCUGACAUGCCGUAACGUUUUCCGGGAAGCCACACGCUUGUUUGCUCUCAAACAGCUUUUGAUGAACGUAUUAUCCAAGCUCAUUUAGUUCUUAGUUAAGAGAUAGACAUAAAUAGUCAUACAAUUUAUUCAUUCUUUUUUGUCAAUCCUUUGGAUUUACUUUUCUGAUUUGUAUCCAUUUCAAAAAUGGUCAGCCGUAUGCAUGCAUGGGCAUACAAUUUGACCAGAGUACCUCCUACAUACAAUACAUAUAUGCAUGAGAUGACGAUGGUAUUCGGCUCGUGUUCGACAACACUAUUCUGUGCUCGAUCAAGCGGCAUUUUCCACCGACUUCCCUUGGAACAUAUUCCUCGCUUUCCGCAGUCUUUGUUUCAAACCUUGUGCUCUCUAAUCGAAGCUUCUCUUCCUUUCCACACUAUUGUAAUCCGUGUGGUCUCCUAAAGUUAUCCAACAUCAUUUGUUACGUGUUCUUCCACAGUAGAGUUGAGGGUCAUGAAUAAGACAGCUAUCUAAUAUUCUGCUAUUUAUCUUUACAAGAUCUUUCCUUUCAACUUCUCCACCUCUGAUAGUUGAUUGUUUCAAAAUUUAUUUAUUUUUCUUUCUUUCUUUCUUUCUUUCUUUCUUUCUUUAGUUUGGGAGUUUGGAUCCUGACGUGAUUAAUACUUUAGGUGUGGUCAAAUAAUGUGGUAACAAGAAAUGUUAGACUAGUCUUUUAAGUUGCACUCGACAAUUCAUGUUUAUUCAAAUUAUAGGAUUUGUGAGACUGUUUGAAUGUUGACUUUGACCAAGGGGUCAAUUGAUUUUCAACUGUUACUUGUUACACGAGCAUCUUAACUAAUAUAAAGUAUAUUAGUAGAAAAUCGUUAUUUAGGCGUACUGAUCCGUAUUAAGGAGAUUUUUUUUUAAUGAAUUAUGUAUUUAAAAAAUUAAGUAGUGAGUGGGGGAUUAAAUUCCUCGAUAAAUUUAAGAUAUCAAUAAUACGAAAUGGCAUCAAAGUAAUUAUCUGACAGUCGGCAGCUUUAUAGAGGCAAUAAGCGCAAGAAGUAAAGGUAGGAGAGGAAAGAGCGAUACGUCGUUAGAGAGAGAGAGAGAGAGAGAGAGAGAGAGAGAGAGAGAGAGGAAAAAUAGUAAGGUUGGGGUUUUCGGAGGGGUGGGAGAAGAUGAUGCACGGAGGAGGAGGAGGUGGUGACGGUGGCUACGUCGGGCGGAUGGCGAUGGUGGCGGGAAUCCCACUGCAGGUAAACCCGGCGCCGGCGGCGGAGAUGUUGGACACGAGCGGCGGGGCAGGGGUACCGCAACCGCCUCAGCCGCGGCUGAGGGUGAAGGAGGAGAAGGUGCCGCAGUGGAGCCAGCAGGAGACGCGGGAUCUCAUCGCGAUCAGGGCCGAGCUGGAGCGCGACCUCGCGGUGGCGCGGCGUAGCAGGACGCUGUGGGAGGCGGUGGCCGCCAGGAUGCGGGAGCGCGGCCACCGCAGGACGUCGGACCAGUGCAAGUGCAAGUGGAAGAACCUCGUCAACCGCUACAAGGCCGCUGAUCCCGCAGACGGCCGGCAAUGCCCCUUUUUCGAGGAGCUGAAUGCGGUGUUCUUGGAACGGGCGAAGAACACGCAGCGGCUCCUCUUGGAAUCGGAGUCCAUCGCCUCCCCGUCGAAGAAGAAGCUGAAGAGGCUUAGCGGGGAUCGAUCCUCCUCGGACGAGUUCCCGGAGGAUGACGAGGACGAGAACGGCAGCGACGAGGAGCGCCUCACGAGGAGCAGAAAGAAAAAGGCCGACAGCAGCAGAGGGGGACAGAGGGCGGCCGGCAUCCGGGAGCUGCUGCAGGAGUUCCUGCAGCAGCAGCGGCGGAUGGAGCUGCGGUGGCAGGACACGGUGGAGCGGCGGGCGCAGGAGCGGCGAGCUCUGGAGCAUGAGUGGCGGCUGUCGAUGGAGAAGCUGGAGAGGGACCGGCUGCUGCUGGAGCAGGCGUGGCGGGAGCGGGAGGAGCAGCGGAGGAUGAGGGAGGAGAGCCGGGCGGAGAAGAGGGACGCCCUCCUCACCACUCUGCUCAAUAAGCUCAUCCAAGAUGAUGAUCUCUGAGACGGCCUCCUUCUUGAAUUCCAUUGAUGAUCAUUUCAUGUCGAAUUAAUUUAACACAACGUAUGAGAUAUUUUCCCAUUUAACAUAAUUUAUAGAUCUCUAUGGUUCAAAUAA